AUGGGAACACAUAUUCGAACGAUAGACAAGAGUACAGGGUUUUGUGUAGCCUCUGGCGAUCCCCACUAUCAAGGAUUCGACCGAAAAAGCACCUACCACCGGUAUGAUGUCGGUACCUACAUUAUGACCACCAUGACGGAAAGGGAAUUUGAAGUACAGACACGGCUCUGGCCCUGUGGUAACGGACAAGUAACUUGCAAUUGUGGAGUGGCCGUGCGAGAAGACAAUGACAUUAUCAUAAUCGACCUUUGCCAUGGCAACCAUGGCCAUACGCUGGAUUAUAUCAGCUUGAAAGACCCACCAGAAGACAUAGCGGAUGGGACACAGGUAACGAUGACCGACGGAUCCAGUGCGACGGACUAUGUUAUGUAUUUCCCAUCUGGAUCAAUAGUAACAGUCAAUGUGUACACAAGGCACAUGAACAUCAGAAUCGAAGUACCUGGUGAUGAUUACCGCCAUUCCUAUGGGAUAUGUGGGAACUUUGACGGCGAUGAGACAAACGACUUUGAGAAACCCGACGGCACCUUUCAUACAGGCAGUGAUAACUACCCAGACCCAUUCUUCGAGUCUUGGAGGUACGAGUCAGUUAGUCAGAUAGCCACGCUAUGA